AUGUCAAAUAGACGCAAGCGAGAUUGUGCAACCUCGCCUAUCGCAACGAAUUUUGUGCAGGCGAGUUCCGAGGUGCGUACUUUUGCCUGUCACGACUCAAAAAAUACGACAUUCCGCGACAUCCACAACAUAAAUGUCGUUUCGCACCCAUUAUUUAGCGCAUACCUUACGUCACUUCCACAAACAUCCAUGAAAACUUGGCCCGUCAGAUCCAUACCGCAAGACGUGAAAAGAUCCAUACCGCAAGACGUGAAAAGAUCCAUACCGCAAGACGUGAAAAGAUCCAUACCGCAAGACGUGAAAAGAUCCAUGCCGCAAGACGUGAAAAGAUCCAUACCGCAAGACGUGAAAAGAUCCAUACCGCAAGACGUGAAAAGAUCCAUACCGCAAGACGUGAAAAGAUCCAUACCGCAAGACGUGAAAAGAUCCAUACCGCAAGGCCCGUGCCGCUAUUAUACCUCCGUGCCGCAACUAUUAACUCACACCCCUUUGGUCACUUUAUAUCCUAUUUGGGUCGCCUCACUUAACUUCCGUGCCUCAACCAAAAUCUUACAUAUUUGGUCACGUUAUGUCAUGCCCGUGCAAACAACUAGUAUCUCGUAA